AUGCAACAUUCUCCACCUCGUGCAACGAACAUCAUGUUAGCCAGAGUAAGCCUUAUUCGCUCUUCUAUCGCUUUAGUGCAAGAAUCCCUGCUAGUCCGACAAGUUUACGUGCCACGGAUUGUGUUGACACACGCAUUUGCCUCAAAGAAAGAGCUUCAAGUGAAAAUAAAGCGCCCUCCUACAGCGUAUCAGUUGUUUGCUUCUGCAAAUCGGGAGCAACUUGCUAAGUUAAAUCCCGACAGACCCAAACAAGAAAUCACUAAAGCUUUACAUGACCGAUGGAGGGAGAUGUCUGAAGAAGAAAAAAACCCUUACAAAGAAGAACAUGAUAAACAAAUGAACUUGUACAAAGCUCCUCUGGAAAAAUUGCCGAAGAAACCGCCUGGAGUAUUCGGUUUGUUUGUGAAAGAGAACUACUCCAGAAUUACAUCUGGUUUGUCUCCGGGGUCCACAGCUCCUGACGUUAUGAGAGAAUUAUCUAGUGAGUGGAAUAGCAUGUCUGACGAUGAUAAGGAACAACUGAAAGAGAAAUACGACAGCUUGGUUGAUGAAUACAACAAGCAAAUUUUGACCUUCGAUCAAAAUUUAACCGACGAGGAAAGAGCCUUUCUGUUACAAAAACGUGGUGAAGAAAUGCGAACUCUUGCCAAGAAAAAGCGCAAACUUUUAAAUGUGGGUAAACCCAGAUUACCUCCUGGUCCAUUUGUUCGUUUUAUGCUGAACUCCCUGGGGGAGGUGGAAAGUGAAUCACCUGUUGAACGGCUGAAAAUUCUGGGACAGAGAUGGCAACAGUUGUCUGAUGAGGAGAAAGAGGUGUACAUCGAGGAAUACCGCCUUGCUCGUGAACAGUAUGUUCAAGAUUUAGCUGAAUGGAAGGCGAAGCACCCAGAUGCUGAAUGA